AUCGUCCACUUCCGGUCAUGCGCGAUAUUCUAAAACGUAACACGUGGUGACGUGCGGCCGACAUGGCGGAUCAAGGCGAAACAAGUUUACGUGAAGAGAUAAACACAGACACACAAACAGCAGAAGAUGAAACAACACACAGUGAAAUGAAUGAAGACGCACUAACAGAAGAGACACAGAAGAGUUUUAAAGAUCUGGGUGUCACUGAAGUUCUGUGUGAAGCUUGUGAUCAACUGGGAUGGAAGAAACCAACAAAGAUCCAGGUGGAGGCGAUUCCUGUAGCUCUAGAGGGUCGUGAUGUCAUCGGUUUAGCAGAGACGGGUUCGGGGAAGACUGGAGCGUUUGCUCUUCCUAUCCUGCAGUCUCUCCUGACGUCUGCGCAGCGGCUGCAUUCGCUCAUACUGACACCCACACGAGAACUCGCCUUUCAGAUCUCAGAACAGUUUGAGGCUUUGGGCUCCAGUAUUGGAGUUAAGACAGCUGUUGUUGUUGGAGGAAUUGAUAUGAUGUCUCAGUCGCUUGUUCUUGCUAAGAAACCUCACAUCAUCAUUGCAACUCCAGGCCGCUUGAUAGAUCAUCUAGAAAAUACCAAAGGCUUUAACCUGCGAGCGCUGAAGUACCUGGUGAUGGAUGAAGCCGACCGCAUUCUCAACAUGGACUUUGAGUCUGAGGUGGACAAGAUUCUGAAAGUGAUUCCUCGAGAGAGACGAACUUUCCUGUUUUCAGCAACAAUGACGAAGAAGGUGCAGAAACUCCAGCGGGCGGCGCUACGAGAUCCUGUCAAAUGUGCCGUUUCCACCAAAUACGCCACCGUAGACAAACUGCAGCAGUAUUACAUAUUCAUCCCAUCAAAAUAUAAGGAUUGUUAUCUGGUUUCUAUCUUGAAUGAACUGGCUGGAAAUUCCUUCAUGGUUUUCUGCAGCACGUGUAAUAACACUCAACGGGUGGCGCUGUUGCUCAGAAAUCUCGGCAUCACGGCAAUUCCUCUUCACGGACAGAUGAGUCAGAACAAACGUCUGGGAGCUCUUAACAAGUUCAAGUCUAAGUCUCGCUCAGUGCUGCUGGCCACUGAUGUGGCGUCUCGUGGGCUGGAUAUACCACAUGUGGACUGUGUCAUAAACUUUGACAUCCCAACACACUCAAAGGAUUACAUUCAUCGUGUGGGCCGCACUGCGAGAGCAGGGAGAUCGGGAAAAUCCAUCACGUUUGUCACACAGGGGACUUAAAACCUCUCACUCGUAAGGGUGUGGGUCAGGAAUCGAUAGGCAUGGGUGAACUGCGGGUCCAAUAGCAAGACUUCAUCGACACUAAUGCUUUCAUGUGCUCGUAUGACGGUCUUUUCUGCUGAGGAGCACAGUGGAGAGCACGUUGAAAUAAGAGAAACCAUAAGAUAGAAUUCAAAUUACUUCUACAUAAAACAAAGACAAUGAACAAAUCAAUUACAAUUAGGCCUCGUCAUGCAAACUAAAAAUAAUGCAAUAUAAAACACCACAUUCGAUGCAUACCAACACAUAUCAACACAUAUACAACUAGUUUAUUGCAGGAUACAUGGGCAGUAAAGCAGUUAUGUGUUUUUACUAAUUUUAACUAAGUAAGACAGGCGGUUAUAGUUGAACACCUACAUUAGAAGUAACACUAACCCAUAGAAAUACAUCGCGGAGCAGACUGUGCAGUUUAAUAACAAUAUAAAAAACUCCAAUUCAUAUUACUUUAUUUUACAUGCAUUUAUGAGCAAAACCUCUCAACACACGCUUUUUGAAGGUCAGUGUAAUUUAUUAAUGUGUUGUGUACAUUUAAUUAAUCCACAUUGUUUUGGUGCUGUUCUGGUCCGUGUAAUGACAGAUAUAGACACAAUACACAAUUAUAGACAUAAAAAGCCUAAA